CGGAAAAUUGAUGUAAUACGAUACUUCUUUAAAUCCUUGUUGCUAGGUUUACAUAGUUUAAAAUUGACGUUCUUAAUUCAUUGCUGUUAUAGGACUCACUUUUAAAUGGGAACAGGGAUUUCUAAAACAAAACGCAAGGAUGGAUUUAGUGAGGCGCAAGGAACUGAACAAUCGACGACAGAUGAUAAUAAUCAUACCGCGAACCUAACUAAUCCUAUCAAUCAGACGCCAAAAAUCCAAACUUCAGUUGACGAAACAGAAAGCAGGCCCAAACAACAACGUAGAAAAAAGAAAAAAGGUGUUUUGAACGCCAUAGCAAAAAAAUCAAGUGGAACGGAUACCUACAACAUUGAAGGUGUCAACGCAAACGACAUUUUUGACUUUGUUAUCACAACCUUUGAAAAUGGCUGCACAUUCGAAGAUUUUUUAUUACAAUGUAACCUUUUCCCCUCUUCUGCUGAUAUUCCAAGGUGGUUUGAAAAGCAUUGGAUGCAUUUUCAUAUUUUCAAACAUGGUGAAAAGAUAGAAUACAUAUUACCAUAUGUAAAGACCGCUGACAUUUGUUAUAGUUAUAAUAAUCCUCAUGUUCCUGGUAAAUGUAAUAAUGUCAACUGUAACUUCUUACACGUUUGUCGUCGGUUUGUCAGAAACAUAUAUUGCAAUUUUAAAGGUUGCAGUCUAGCUCAUGAUUUUACAAAUCAGCACAAUAGUCGACUCAUAGUACGAUUUGGGUUAGAGAAUUUUAGCGAAAACCAAAUUAAAAGGGUCCUUAAUAAUCAUUUUCCAUCCAUCUGUCGGGACUAUAAUUUUCAUGAAAAAUGCAAAGUUGGUAAGAAAAAAUGUGUCAAAUUACAUUUGUGUGGUGCAUAUAAAUUCGGAAAAUGUGAAGAAUCAUGCAAAUACAAACGAACUCAUAAACUAAAUAACGAUCACAACAAAUGGGUUCUCAGAGCAUUUGAAAUGAUGAGCUGGCCAGACAAAAAGAUAUUGCAACACAUCUACGUUCCACCUAAAAGAGUUCCUAGUUAUCAGAAUAAUGAUAAAGGUGACUUGGACCAUAACAAAACCUUUGAAGACGACGACGUCGACGAUGUAUACAAAAGUAGCGAUUUUAUUGACAUGGAUGAGACUUUGGCUCCACCUAAGGCUGACAGUAGUGAUGACAACUCGGAUGUAGACGAGUCGGAUAAACUUUCUAUUUGAUGACUAUUUUGUGAAUUUAUUGAUGUUAUAUCUUUGUAGACAGAAAAAAUAUUAGUUAUUUCUUAUAAUUUAAUUCUAAAUUCUAUUUUGAGCUGGAGUAAAUCAUGA